CCCCCUUCUUCCUUUCUUCUCCAUCAAAAAAAAUCCCCAAUCUCCAAUGGCGAAAUCCACAAAAAUUCUCUCAUCAAUCCUCCUUCUCUUCUUCAUUUUCACUUUAUUUUCUUCAUCAAACGCAUUAGGCGGAAAACUCGGCGGAAGAACACAAAUCAAAGACGUGAAAACAAAUCAGGAAAUUCAAGAUCUAGGUAAGUACUGCGUCGAAGAACACAACAGAAAUUUGCGGAAACAAAAUGGUGCUUUGAGUUCUUUAUUGAGUUUUUCUCAAGUUGUUGAAGCAGAAAAACAAGUUGUUUCUGGUGUUAAAUAUUACCUAAAAAUCUCAGCUAUUGUUAAAUCAUCUAGUUCACCAAAAUUGUUCGAUGCCGUUGUGGUUGUUAAAUCUUGGGAGAAGAAGAAGGAGGAAUUGCUUACGUUUUUUCCUUCUCCUUCACCGGCUACGAAAUGAAUUUGUGAUGGUUGAUAGUGGCUAAAAGUUAAAACUUCUACUGGUGCUAAUGUUUAAAAUGAGGUUGUUAAUCUAAUUUUGAAGUACUUUAAUUUGUAGCCUUUUAUUUGAUAACCUAUUUUGAGUUCACUUGUGUACUAUGUGAUGCAAUAAUCAAUGAAUGACAUAUGUAUUAGUAUGUUGUUAUAGAUAAA